AUGUCGUCCCAUUCAGUUGUCCAGGCUAUCUCCCCCUCUGAAGAGAACAAAAAGGGUAUGACAGACCACAACGAGUGCGAUACCAGCUCUCAUGAGCACGGAUAUGAGGACGCAGAACUCGAACCCGAAAUUCAUUGGCGGACCUAUGUUGCGCUCUUGGCCAUGGGCCUCAUCAACUAUGUUGCUGUCGUUUCUCUCCAAGCCCCUCCAGCAGUGUUAAGUUUUAUUGGGAACUCUCUGAACGCACCAGACACCCAGACAUGGAUUCCCAAUGCUCCCAACCUGGUAUGUGGUGCCAUAGGCCCUAUCCUGUCAUCCGCCUCGGACAUAUUCCAGGCUCGAAAGAACAUACUGCUCAUUGGCUGUAUGAUGGGUGUCAUCGGAUGCGCUAUCGUUCCUGGUUCAUCCAGUAUCUCGAGGGUCAUCGUCGGCCAGACGAUCAAGGGAUUUGGCUAUGCCACUACGCCGUUGUUGUACGCCAUCCCAAGUGAAAUACUGCCGAAUAAGUGGAGGCCCAUGGCUCAAGGUAUCGUCAACAUGGCUGCAUCAUGCGCCUCUGUAUCUGGCCCGCUUAUCAUAGGUGCUUUGGUCGAGGCUGACCCGGUGCGUGGGUGGCGCAAGUACUGGUGGAUCGAAAUGGCCUUAUGGGCAGCCAGUCUUAUCAGCAUCUUUUUCGGCUACAACCCGCCCAAACGGAAGACGCAAGACGACUCAUUAAGCUGGGUGCAAAAAUUAAGAAAACUCGACAUUUUAGGCAGCUUGUUAUUGACUGCUGCCGUUACACUUAUCCUUGUUGGACUUAAUCUGGGCGGUGGCCAGUACAGCUGGGAUAAUUCAAGAGUCAUUGCUACCAUAGUCGUUGGCGGGGUGCUCGUUAUUGCUUUCGGCGUAUAUGAGUGGAAGGGCACAAACAGCGGCAUUCUUCAUCACGACUUGUUCCUACCCGGAAAGCCCAACGGUCGCACUUUCGCUAUUUGUACAGGUCUGUUUGCUGUUGAAGCCAUUAUUUUCAUCUCGUUCACCAUCUUUUAUCCCAUUCUGACCCAAGCAUUGUAUGAAUCGGACCCUCUCAAAAUAGUUGCACGAGGCACGCCAUAUUGGGUCGCUAUGGUUAUAUGUACACCGAUCUGGGCUGCUUUGUCCUCCUACUACCGAGAUGUACGGUGGCCUAUGUUUGGCGGCUUCAUGAUAUGGACCGCAGGCGUUGUUGGAUUCGCAACAUUACAACCCAGCACAGACUUCAAUGCCGUGGCGUUCGCGGGUCUGUCGGGAAUUGGGUUCGCAUCACCUGUGGUCAUGAUCAUGACCGGCGUGCAACUAUCCGUGCCGCACAGUCUGAUCGCCACUGCAACUUCUGUUGCAACAUCUUCUCGAGCACUUACCAACUCGAUCACAACCUCCAUCUAUACCGCAAUCUAUAAAGCGCGCUUGAGCUCGGCUAUUCCAGCCAGGAUCCCGAAAGCAGUCAUCGCUGCUGGACUUCCUGUGUCCUCGCUACCAGAAUUCAUCCAGGCAUUAACUUCCAAUAAUCCUUCCGCCUUGUCGGCAGUGGCUGGAGCGACGCCCAGCAUCAUUGCUAUCGGUGCGGCAACUUAUAAACAAGCACUGGCAGAUUCCAUCCGCCUCAUCUUUAUCAUCAGCGCAGUGAUUGGCACGCUUGGCACAAUCUGUGUCUUGCUCAUCGACAACAUGAAACAGCGGAUGAACGGCCAGAUCGAUGCGCCAGUAGAGAAGCUACAUGAGAAAGGCAUCAAAGAAUGA